AUUUCCGAAACUGCUUGCUGAUUCAAAAUGGCGGCGCCCAUACAAAUGAGCGGGUUUUACUAAAGAUAUUGUUGGAUUUUUGUAAAUUUUAUGCGACAUGAACCGCGCUGGGGAUUCCGGGACGCGGCAGGGGCAGGCGAGGAACAUGAACAUGAACGGGAGGGCGAGCAUCAAGAGCUUCCUGCUGCGGGCGUGGCGGGAACGCUGGACGGAGCUACAGUGGAGCGUCAACUUGAAGCAAGCUUUUCCCGGAGGGUCUAUGGACCAGUACCAACUUGCAGAGUGUAUCCUGCAGCAGGCAUUUGUUGGCCCCACCCCGAACACCCUGGUCCUGUCGUACCUCCGACACGCUCUCAGUUCACAGGUCGUGUCGUACGGGGCUUUCCUCAACGCUCUCACUAAGUACGAGGAUGUUACCAGACCACUCUGCACCAGAACCUUGCUGGACCUUCUCAACUGUUACGCAGCUCAUGUCAGCUGCCUGGGUACCCCUGACUCCUGUCUGCUCCUGUGUAAGUCUCUGGUCCUGACCGUCCUGUGGUUACUGAGGUGUGUCAGCCAGGCUGUGGAGAAGCUGAAGGAGUCGACAGAGUACGCUGACAUCCUGCGUGUGACAGGAGAGGUUCUGGGGAAACUGUUAGGAAACGGACAGACCAGGGCACUGCUUUAUGUAGGAAAGAUGGAGGAAACAGCUGGAUGGAGUAAGCUGGAGCAGCUACAGACCUCCCUGCACGACUCCAUCCAGUCCCUGGCUCAGUCCGGGCUGAUCGUGCGCGACACGGCCAGCGGUCUGCAGCAGGCGUUCUACCAGCUGACACAGCUGCCGCACGGGAAGACGCUCUCCCCGCCGGGUCCGACACACGGCCACGGAGCGCUCAACUCCAGCAUCGCCGUUCUGUCCUUCAUCGAGGCGACCCUCAACACCACCAGUGACACACAGCUGUUUGUGGAGCUGCUGCUCCUCAUAGAGAGAUUGAAUAAAAUCCCUCGGCCCCGUCUGUAUGCCCAGGUGUGUCAGGCCUGUCUGAUGGGGCUGAUCGACUCUGCUGAGACGAAUGACGAACUCAAGUGGACAGCUUUCACAUUCCUCAAGAUUCCUCAGAUUUUCCAGAGGUUGAAAACCUUCACCCAGGAAGGAAAGGAUGGUAGGGAGGAGAUUUACCAAGGAUUUGAACUCCUGCUGAGACUACAGCCUCUGAUCGACAAGGCUGAUGUCAAGAACAAUUGUGACAUCAUGCAGCAGCUACUACAGGAGUGUGGGAAGAAGGACCUUCUGGCCGACACACAGACCAAGAAACUUCUGGAAAAAAGGGCUGUUGACAGGAAGAAUCUGAAGACCAAACAGGACCCUCCCCCAUCCCAACCCAACCCUACCCUCAUCCUGAGAGCAGAACCUACUGUCACCAACAUCAUCAAGACCAUGGAAGCAGACUACUCUAAGAACCAGGACAUGAUCCUGGGUGUGCUGGGUCACAUGAUGUCAGGGAAGAGUUUUGAGUUAAUUACAGCAGCAGCUGCCACAACGGGAAAACUGCAUAUGUUUGCCAGCAGACUUAUCAAGUUUAAUGAAUUCGCCAAGCAUUCCAGUGGAGAGGGAAGUAAGGUAUCCCUGAGUCGAGCUGUGUUGUUUGACAUCUCCUUCCUCAUGCUGGGCUACAUCUGUGUCAUGUAUGGUACUGAGAUAGUGUGCACCACCAGUGCAGGGGCAGGGAACGAACCAUUCUUUGAGACGUGGGUGGGGCAGUGUCUGCCCAUCGAGCAGAAGUGCCGCCCCGUGGAGAACAUGGCACAUCCUGACCCUGCCCGGGUGGAGAGUCUCCUCACACAGAUCAACUCAGGACAGGAGAUCAAGACCAGCCUGCAGAGAUGGCAGGACGUCUGCACAAACAUCCCGUUUGCCAUCCAGGAGAUCCUGACAGCCUGGGAGAACGGAGCACUCAGCGCUGAUGCUGUACAGAAGUUCUGUGACAACAUCAAGCGUCACAUGUGCUGCCUGCCGGUGUGUAUCGCUGCCUGGCUGUGCAGCUACAUGCAGGGACUCACCGCUCCGGAGAGGGAAAAACCACUUAAGCUGCUGAAACACAUGCUGUCUCCUAUACAGGGGGACCCCACCAUGUCUCAGUAUAAUGAGAGGUCGAGUCUGAUGAUCCACAUUAUAAAGAAGAUCAGUGGAGACCUGCUGUCUGCCAAGUCCUCCAGGUCAGCCGGGGAUGCCCGGGAUGUCAUGGGAGGGGCCGAGACAGGCAGGCAGGUGUAUGCAGGAGUAUUUGGCCAUGCCAUGCAGCAGGGCUGGGUGGACGGCCGGGGCAUCUGUUCGGCCGACAACAUGCUGACCAUCGGGGGAGCGCGCUGGUUCUGUCACUCUGCGGUCAGGGAGAUCCUCAAGUGCAGUAGGAGAGAAGACCUGAUACAGUCUGUGAACGUAGCCCUGGCGCUGUUCCAGUUGGACAGCGAGCCUGUGGCCGUCGCGCUGUUAUCACACGUCAUCCCCGCUCUCCUACUGGACUCCUCCAAGCGCGAGCUGCUGUGUAACCCGCGCGGCGCGACCCUGGCCAGGCUGGCCGUGCAGUGCACCGCCAUGGCCUUCCUCACACAGAACAACGACCGGCGGCGCAACGGGAGGUCACGGAGUCGGAAGAGAGGCAGGGAAACAGACAGGGAGUACGUGGUGUCGCCGGCGUCUAGCGGCAGCGGGAAGGAAGACGAGAGGCCGUCCAAGUUACGGAUUCUGCUCAGCGCUCCUGAGAACGAGGCACAGAAUCCUGCCAUGCAAGUGAAUCUCCCAUCCUACAGUAGUAAUGAACAACCAAAGCUCGCUGCACAAAUCAGCAACGUCAACUUCAAGGAACCGCUCAACCACGCACUCGUUCGGUUGUUCCAGCUGUUCUCAGAUAUACUGACGGACAGCUCGGUGGGACCCCAUACCGCGUUCGUGGUUUCGUUUGUGCAGGAGUCAGUGAGGACUGGGGAACAGGCGAGCAAGGCUAUACUACAGUUCAUGCCUUUCUCUAUGCUGCCAGCCCUGUUGCAGUGUUCUUCGGGAGUCUUCAGUCCAGAGGACAUCACCCUCAUGGGAGACCUGACUCUGCCCAUGGUGCGGAAAGUCAUCGCCAAGGCUGUCUGUUACUACAGACCCAUCUGAUCCAACAAAUUUAAGAACAAGUAGGAAUCAGAGAUUUCGUGACAGAAAUCAACAAAUAUAGCAACAAGUAGGAAUCAGACAUUUUGAG